AUGUCACCAGAACAAACUACAGAGAUAGAGGAUAAGACCAAAGAACUAAACAUAAAUUCAUCAUCGACCAAUGGUUCAUCCAUCACAUCCGAAUCCACAACGAAUAAUAUAAAUCCAGUUGAAGAAGAUGAAGAUGAAGAUGAUCAAGAAGAUAAUACAACAACAUCAACAACAGAUAAAAAGAAGAAAAAGAAGAAAAAAUCAAAUAAAAAGAAAAAAUUAGUAUCAAUAGAUCAAUCUUACCCAGAAGGUAUUUUCCCCGAAGGAGAAUGGCAAGAAUAUCAACUUGAUUCAACAAAACAAAGAACAACAGACGAAGAAAAAAGAUACCUUGAUCGUCAACAAUCCAAAAAAUGGGAAGAUUUUAGAAAAGGUGCAGAAAUUCAUCGUAGAGUUCGACAAAAAGCUCGUAGUUCAAUAAAACCAGGAAUGACAAUGAUUGAAAUUGCUGAUCUUAUAGAAAAUUCAGUUAGAAAUUAUACAAAUAAUGAUCAUACUUUAAAACAAGGGAUUGGAUUCCCAACUGGAUUAUCUUUAAACCAUGUAGCUGCUCAUUAUACUCCAAACACUGGUGAUAAAUUAACUUUAUCUCAAAAUGAUAUAAUGAAAGUUGAUAUUGGAAUUCAUAUAAAUGGACGUAUAUGUGAUUCAGCUUUCACAAUGACAUUUAAUGAAGAUGGGAAAUAUGAUACUAUACUAAAGGCAGUUAAAGAAGCUACAAAUACAGGAAUAAAAGAAAGUGGAAUAGAUGUAAGAUUAAAUGAUAUUGGUGAAUCAAUUCAAGAAGUUAUGGAAAGUUAUGAAAUGGAAGAAAAUGGGAAAAUUUUACCAAUAAAAUGUAUUAAAAACUUAAAUGGUCAUAAUAUUGGAGAUUACGUAAUACAUUCGGGAAAAACUGUCCCCAUUGUUGCAAAUGGUGAUAUGACAAAAAUGGAAGAAGGUGAAAUUUUUGCUAUUGAAACUUUUGGAUCAACUGGUAAAGGUUAUGUUUUACCAGAAGGAGAAUGUUCUCAUUAUGCAUUAAAUCAAAAUAUUGAUAAUAUUAAAAUACCAUCAGAAAAAGCUUCAACAUUAUUAAAAAAUAUUAAAACAAAUUUUGGUACAUUACCAUGGUGUAAACGAUAUUUAGAAAGAACAGGUGAAGAAAAAUAUUUAUUAGCGUUAAAUCAUUUAGUUAGAUCAGGUAUAGUUGAAGAUUAUCCACCAAUUGUUGACACAAAAGGUUCAUAUACUGCACAAUUUGAACAUACUAUAUUAUUACAUCCACAUAAAAAGGAAGUUGUAACUAGAGGUGAUGAUUAUUAA